AUGGUGGAAUUCCUGGAAGAAGAAGUUUGUCUGAAGUUCUCUCGACCGCGGCUGAUCCUGUCCGAUAACGGGAAGCAGUUCGAUUCGAUGGUGUUCAAGUCCUGGCUAGCGAAGCACAAGAUCGGCCACAUGAAGACAGCGUUCUACUGUCCGCAGGUCAAUAACGCCGAACGCGUCAACCGCGUCGUAGUAACCUGCAUCCGGGCAUUGUUGGACGGCGAUCAUCGAGAGUGGGACGAAAAGCUACCGGCGAUCACAGCGGCGAUAAACGCUGCUCGGCACGAGGCGACGGGCGUCAGUCCACACGAAGCCAACUUCGGACGGAACCUGUUGUUACACACGGAUCUGUAUACGCAGCAGGAACUCAACACGCCAGAAGAUCCGAAGGUAGCGCAGGACCUGCGACUCUCUGCGAUUCGUCGAAUCCAAAAGCUUAUCAUCGAGCGGAUUAAGAACAGCCACCAGCGGGCGAAGCAGCGAUACAACCUUCGCACAAGAUCAGUAGCGUUCAAAGUCGGAGACCUGGUUUGGCGGCGAUCGUUCGUACUCUCCUCGAAGGCGGACCAAAUCAACAGUAAGCUCGAGCCGAAAUUCGUUCCGGCAAUCGUCAAGGAGAUCAUCGGGACGAACCUAUACGUGCUAGAGGAUGUUCUGAGCGGCAAGAAGGGAAGGUUCCACGCGAAGGACAUCAAGGCGGACUAA